AUGGCAUGGCUGUUUAGUUUGGGAAAACGUCUCUUUGCCACUCCAGCAUAUUCACUGCCUCAGUACCCUGCACACUGGACCCUGCUGUCUCAGACGUCGGACGGUAUGGCGACCGGUGAGAGGCGAUCAAAUCUCAGACUGUGUACUUACAACGCGAGAACAGUUUCCACAGACGCUGACCUGCAUGCCCUUCUCGGAGCUGCAGAGCGUAUCAAAUUUCACGUGAUUGCUCUGCAGGAGACCAAGUGCAGAAGGAUCGACGCACGACAGAUGAAUGACGGUACACUCGUCAUUCGUGGAGAGAAGAUCCUGUCACCUCGUCUGGCCAUUCUUCGCCUCCGCCCUCUGCGCCAAAAAUCCAUCAGUAUCAUGAACUGCUAUUCACCAACAUCAGCAGCUGAUUCCGAAUUGGACGCGUUUUACGAAGAGCUGGAGGAAGUAGUCGGCAACGAGAAGUCCUUCUACAAAUUCGUUGUCGGAGACUUCAACGCAAAACAAGGAAAGGCCACAGAAGAGGAAUACAGGAUUGGAAGAUUUGAACUAGGGGACCGGAAUGAAAAUGGCAAUCGUCUCGCCGGGCUGUUGUCCGCCGCUCGCCUCUUUCAUGGGAACUCUAUUUCAUGA